AUGGUCAGUAAAUACGAAGGAAAUGCAAUAGGAAUAGACCUUGGAACAACCUACUCGUGUGUUGCUGUUUGGUUGGAGAAAAAAAACAGUGUUGAGAUUAUCCACAAUGAUGAAGGAAACAAAAUCACACCUUCUUUUGUUGCUUUCACUGAUGGUCAAAAAUUAGUUGGUGAUGCUGCUAAGGAUCAGGCUGCUAUCAAUCCAGAAAACACUGUCUUUGAUGCUAAAAGGUUAAUUGGUAGAAAGUUUAAUGAUCCCGAUGUUCAAAAGGAUAUUAUGUUGUGGCCGUUCAAGGUUAUUUCGGGUGUAAAUGACAAACCUAUGAUUACUGUUAAGUAUAAAGGUCAAGAGAAGCAACUUUGUGCUGAAGAAAUCUCAUCUAUAGUCCUCACAAACAUGAAGGAGAUUGCUGAGGCUUAUUUGGACUCGCCCGUUAAAAAUGCAGUUGUGACUGUGCCUGCUUAUUUCAAUGAUUCUCAACGAAAAGCAACCAUGGAUGCUGGUGCCAUUGCUGGCCUUAAUGUUAUGAGGAUAAUUAAUGAACCUACUGCUGCAGCCAUUGCUUAUGGCCUUGACAAGAGAGACAAGAGAGAUAAUGUCUUUGAAGUUAAAGCAACAGGUGGAAAUACUCAUCUUGGAGGCGAGGAUUUUGAUAAUAGAAUGUUGAACUACUUUGUUCAAGAAUUUAAAAGGAAGAACAAUGUGGAUAUUACUAGUAAUCCUAGAGCCCUGAGGAGGUUGAGAACUGCUUGUGAAAAGGCAAAAAGGACACUCUCUUUUAAAUUGGUUACCAAUAUAGAGAUUGAUUAUUUAUGUGAGGGCAUUGAUUUCUCUUCUUCAAUCACUCGUGUUAAGUUUGAGGAAAUUAAUAUGGACCUUUUUAAUGAGUGUAUAAAGACUGUGGAAAGUUGUCUUACGGAUUCUAAGAUUGAUAAGAGUAGUGUAGGUGAUGUUGUUCUUGUAGGUGGCUCGUCUAGGAUUCCCAAAGUGCAACAACUAUUGAGUGACUUUUUCGAUGGAAAAGAUUUGUGCAAGAGCAUCAAUCCUGAUGAGGCUGUUGCUUGUGGUGCUGCGAUUCAGGCUGCUUUGUUGAGUAAAACCAUUAAGAAUGUUCCAAACUUGGUGUUGCGAGAUGUUACACCCUUGUCACUUGGUGUUUCCCUUGUAGGUAACAUAAUGGGUGUGGUGAUUCCUAGAAACACUUCUAUACCGGUUAAGAAGACAGAAAGAUAUGUAAUCGGUAAGGAUAACCAAUGUAGUGUCCCAAUUAUAGUUUAUGAGGGUGAGAGAGCAAGCGUUAGUGACAACAAUUUGUUUGGUUUUUUUAUUCUCUCUUGCAUUCCUGCUCCUUGUGGCCAUCCCUUAGAUGUAACCUUUGCGAUAGAUGAAAAUGGUAUCCUAACUGUUUCUGCUAAGGAAAUAUCCACUGGAAAUACAAAUGAAAUCACGAUAACUAAUGACAAAGAAAGGUUAUCACAUGAUGAAAUUAAGAAACUGAUUCAAGAAGCAGCUCAGUAUCGUGCUGAAGAUGAGAAAUUCCUAAGGAAAGCAAAGGUAAUGAAUGCAUUAGAUUACUGUGUUUACAAGCUUAGAGAUACUUUAAAGAAGAAGGAUGUUAAAUUAAAGCUCCUUCCUCGAGAGAAAAGCAAGAUCAGUCGUGCAAUUACCGUGGCUACUAAAUUGCUUGAUAAGAAUAACCAGCUCAAUGAAAUAGAUAUUCUUGAGGAUCAUCUGAAAAAGCUUAAGAGUGUGUUUGGAUGA